AACUACUUCCCAUCUCCCGGAACUGUCCGCGAUAAGCACUGAUAAUGGCGUCAGUCACGGUACGUGGCUUGGCUCUCUGCACUACGUCUUUGCUAAACUUUGCGUUUGUUUUCAUAUCCGGUGCAGAUCUCGUUCGGUUUGUCUCGUUUCGAGCCAUUUACCAUAACAUCACGGGGGAGACGACACUCUGCCAAGACUCCAUACCAUGGUCGGUGGCCCUGCGGGACAGCUCUGUUCUGAGGGCUCUUGCUGUGGAUCUGGGGCUGCUGGCCCUCUUCAUCGUGCAGCACAGCCUGCUGGCCUGGCUGCCUGUCAAACAGGCCCUCCAGUCAGUGCUGGGGCCCCUCAACAGGACAGCAUACUGCUUCACCACAGCACUCGCCCUCCAGAUCUUGAUGCGUUACUGGCAACCCGUGACUAACGCCCCCUGCCUGUGGUCAGUGCGUCAGGCACCCUGGAGUGUCUGGUUCCCCCUGCUCUGCUUCUCGCUGCACUUCCUCUGCUGGGCCAUCAUCUGCAGCAUCCUCAUGAUCUUUGAUUACCCAGAACUGCUGGGCAUCAAGCAGGUGUAUUACGACUGUCUCGGAUUGGGGGACCCCCUCUCUCACAAGUCGCCCCGUGCCCAGCGCCUCCUGUCCCACCUGCGCCACCCGGUGUGCCUGGAGCUGGGUGUGGUGCUGUGGCUCCUGCCGGCCUUAUCCCUGGACAGGCUCCUGCUGGGGGCUCUGUCAGCCUACCUGGUUCUGGCGCACUCUCUGGACAAACAGGAUUUAGCCUACCUGUGCGUGCAGCUCAACAGCAAGAUGCAGCUCUUCGCGCAGCCACACGGAGGCAGCGCCGACGCCACAGCCAAUGAGGACGGUGAUGAACACAAGAAGAAGUGAAGCAGAGGUCGUCCAAAUGCUUUGAUCUGAAUCUGUCAUAAAUAAUGUUUUAAAACUGACUACAAAAGAGUUUCUGUGGGCCUCGUGAGCCUGAUGUCUGCUGAUUUUGUCAUUUCAAAUGUAUUUUAUUACAGUUUAUGUCAUCGAGUGAAAACACAGCCGCCUCCCCUGCUCGUACAGAGGUGUCAGUCUUCUUAUAACGACUAAUUUUGAUACAAUUAGGUUGACACAUUUUUAUACUGAAUAUUUUUUUAAUACAUGAAAUUGUUUUACUGUAUAGUUUUACUGGCUGUUACAGUGCCCAAGACAAGUACAUUAACACUGUGUUUCUCUGGAAGCUAAUUUCAGGUUUACCUUUCCUUUGAAAAACGAUGUCUCACUGAGAUUUUACACUGGCAAAAGCUGUUUUCUUUUUCUGCUCUGUGACAGAACAAAGUGACAAUGUUUCUGCUACUAUGAAUGUAUCUCCUUCACCGCUUUUCCUCGACGGUGAGAUCAAACCGAUUGUUUAAAGACGUGAAGCUGAACGUGUCGAACAAACUACUUUUAACGUUUAUCAUGCUUGAUAAAUAAGGUAUUAUCAAUGCAGCCAGUAUUAGUAUUGGUGGAUUCUCAGAGUACUGUAAUGUCUCAUUUGGUAUAUAUUUUUACACCUAUGCUUUCCCCAUGUGUGCCUUACUGUAAUUACAGUGACAGCUUUCAGUAUUUUUAAAAACAUGUUAAAUAAAAGUGGAAAGUUCACUUGUCCUGAUAAAAUUUGUCUUUUUUAGGUUUCUUUUUUAUUUUUAUGAGUCAAGUUUUAAGAGUUUAAGGAGCAGAUGUUUGAUUUAAAUUGGUUUUUUAAAUUUAAUUUUAAAGCUGAUAUGUCACAGUUGUGACAGCUUUAAUAACCGAGCCAGGUUGAUGUUUUGUUUUUGUUUUUUGGAUUUUACAGGGUAAAGAUCGAUAUAUAUGCUGACUGGCCACCUUAUUGGGUACACCUGAGGGAUUUUUGUAAUUAGGGGAAAGUUUCAUAUCCAUUAAAACUUAUCAUGUUCAUGAAUAUGAAUAAACCUGAAUAACA